AUGUUUGUGAAGAUGAGACUUUAGUCGGAUCGUCCCUAUUGGAUAUUGUCAAAGAUGGAAUUCGGAAUUUUCUAGAGUAUAUGAAUGGAACACGAGAUCAGUAUCGUACCAAAUAUUUCUUAGUGUCAUCCGAUAAAGAAGGUUAUUGUAUAAAGGGCAACUAUAUCGAACACAACGAGACUUCUUGUAUAUUUUGGUUUACAGAUGGAAAGAAUUUAAAUUGGUUGAAUAACGGUCUCGUGUACUCGAAGGAUUCAGAAAAAAGUACAAAUAUUUACCAAGAAAAGUAUCGAUGGGAGCAGAGAUUGUAUACUUUUUAUCUUUCGAAAUCAGAUUCGUCUGAUUUUCCAAGACAAUUAGAUUGGAUAAAUAUGAAAAUGCUUGGUCAAUUAUAUAAAAUUCAAACAUUUGAGCAAAUGGUCCAUGCAUUUGAUAAUAUCAUUUGCAUAAAGGAUCCAUAUCCACUUUCUAAGUUACGUCAUAUGCGUCCAUUGAAAAAGACGUGUGGGGUACAUUUGAAUUUAGUUGAACUAGAGGAUGGAUCUCCUGAAAGGAAUAAUCAUUUUGUUCAUCUCUACGUCGAUCCGAAUAAGAUAAAUGGAACUUAUCCAAUUCCUGAAGAAUAUUGGGUUGAACCUGAUGCAAUGAGAGGGUUUUCCCCAAAAUUCGUGUAUGAACAUAAACGUCCAUCGAUCCCUACGAUCAUAUUUUGGAAAACUAAUAAAUUAAGUGCGGACGUUUAUGAUUUGCCACCUCAAUUUUCUCGCGACAUUUACAAGUUAUCAGAUUGUGACGUGAGCAAAGAAUUAUUGAGGCAAAAACCAGGAACUAAAUGGCCUGUUUAUGUUGAACAUAGUGGACGACAUAGUCAAGGUGUACUUGGUCAACCGUUUGGAUAUUUGACAGCCAUCAGAAAAGAUGAAUAUACUAUUGAAGCGUGUCUCGUUCUCCUUCCAUACAAUUACAUUGAAGCCAUCGAUGGAUUGGAGAAAAGCGAUGGAAGGAUAUUUGUACAAUAUCCCGUGAUACUUGCUAGCACAUUGAAACAAUAUUAUGGAAUUUACAGUAACAUCUUUCCUAUUUUAAAUAUGGAAAGAUAUGACUCUUGGU